AUGAGCACCAGAGUUGUCAGAUUUGAAGCAUUUCCUAAUAUGUAUGCUGCAAAUCCUUCCUUCGGGAAGAUAAUUAAGGAGUUGUGCAUUCCAAAGUAUUCACUAAGGCAGCAGAUCAUUAGUGAACUUCAUAACGAGGGACAUUUUGGACGAGAUAAGAUAUUGGCAUUAGUCUCUUUUGAUUAUUAUUGGCCCAAAUUGAGCAAUGACGUGGCGCAUUAUGUGGAACGGUGUUAUGUAUGUCAGAAGUCCAAAGGACCUCUUACUAAUGCUAGACUAUAUACGCCAUUACCUGUACCUGAGGCCUCUUGGCUUGAUAUGAAGUUGUCCAUUCAGGAGAAUAAUUUCAAGUAUAAGGCUCAAGUAGAUAGUCACCAUCGUCAGGUGCUCUUUGAUGUUGGUGAUUUUGUGUCGGCAGUAUUAACUUGUGAUCGUUUUCUAAAUAGGGAGCAUAAUAAGCUUAAGAAGCAGAAGAUUGGACUAUGUGAAGUGCGGUAA